GGAUUAACAUAUACACACUACUAUAUAUGUAAAAUGGAUACCCAACAAGGACCUACUGUAUAGUACAGUAUUCAAUAUUUUCAAUAUUUUGUAAUAACCUAUAAGAGAAAAGAAUCUAUAAAAGAAUACACACACACACAUAUAACUUGAAUCAUCGUGCUGUACACCUGAAACUAACACAACAUUGUAAGUUAACUAUACAUCAAUAGAAAAAAAGGAACAUUAAAAAACAAACAAGCAAACAAACAAUGACCCAGAAAAAGCCUUUCCUCAGGCCUCAGUAUCCAUCCCUCCAGGUAACAGUGCUGGCCCUUGCCUCACCCCCACUUUUUACAGAGAGCUUCACCCACUUUGUGUCCCACAGGGGCUCACAACCCUCCCCAGUCACCUGAAGGCAUCACCACACAGCUUCAGCUGUUAAGAGUCAAGCCCAUCCAGGCCACUGUACCACUGAAGACAUACCACAAUGUGCUUAGGCAGUGUCAACUUUGAAUGCACAACCUCAUUAAAGAUUUAAGAGGGUUUUAAAAAUCACCAAGUUUAGAGAAAAAAUUAAAAGAAGGAGGAGGAGGAGAAGGAGAAGAAACAAACUACUUCCUCCCUCUUUUCCGUAUACGGGAAAUCACCUUUUAAAAAACAUAUAAUUAAAAACAAGGAGAAGUGUGGUGUGCUUGAAUAAAGUAAGCAUUUUAAGUCUCUUGUUUAGCUUUACUGGGAUAUGCCAUCAGGUCUUUAAGGACAAGUUAAUUUCACAUUUGAUUGUGAAAGAUUAAGACAUUAAGAUGUUUGCUGUCAUCUAGCUCUAGGUUACCUGUGAAUAAUUAAUUUCAUGCCAUUUUUGUCAUCUUAUUUCUCAAAUUCAGCCUCUUUUCCUAGCUUCCUCCUUAGCAUUUUUCCAUGCUCUUUCCCCCUAUUUAGUGCUAAUUCCUGGCCCCUCAUCACUGCAUGUUUGUUACAUGGUCCAGUUUGCUGCUGCCUAGAAGAGCAUCUCCUGUCUGCAAUGCCAUUUUGGAACAGAUUCCUUCUGAGGCUGUUACUACUAAGAGAAAACCACAUAGUAAUACUCAAAAUACCCUUAUUUAAUGAAUGAAUGAAUUCUCCUUCCCACAUUACUCAUCUUAAAUUGUCUAAAGUGGUUGUCUUAAAUCUUCCAUGUUGUCCCAUAGGACAGCAGUACCCAACCUUUGUGGCACCAGGGACCGGUUUCAUGGAAGACAAUUUUUCUCGGGGGUGCGGGUAGGGGGGGAUGGUUCAGGCAGUAAUGUGACAUUGGGGAGCGGUGGGGAGCAGUGGGGAGCAAUGGGAAGCUGCAGAUGAAGCUUCACUCGCUUGCCUGCUGCUCACCUCCUGCUGUGCGGCCUGGUUCCUAAAAGGCCACAGACCAGUAGUGGCCCAUGGCCCAGGGGUUGGGGACCCCUGCCACAGGAGACUUAAAAAUGGACUCAAAAGGAAGUAAAACAUAUUACUGAAGCAAAUCCAGACCUCAAUAUAGUGCAUAUUCUAACAAUAGGUUGUAGCAGAUCAUUUACCAACAAUAACCAACUCUCUUCUCACCUUUUCAUGAGAAACAAUGAAUAGAUAAUCUUUAAAAUUGCUUUUCAUUAAUAAGGGGGAAAAGUAUCAAAGAAAAGGGGGAUAUCAAUGCUUUUUAUUGACUCUUUUACUUGAGACUGAAGUGAGAUGUGACAAUAAAGUACUUUUUACAUGUCAGAGCUGACUACUGAGAGGGCUGGGAAAUGAUCCAGCGUACUGUAGAAAUGGGCAAGAAAAAAAUUUUUUAAUCUUAAUUCUUUAAAUUGUUAGCAAUAUGUGACCAAGUUCUUACAGGUAUCCAGCUCUGGUGUAAUGCAUGUUGGUCUGCUUUAGAACUGUCAUCUCCUUGACUGACUGACUGACUUGUACAGUUUAACACAAUGAACACUGACCACCUCACGGUUUCUACGGCUCAGAAAUCUGGGCACAACUUAGCUUAAUGCCUCUGGCUCAGGGUCCCUCACAAGGAUGCAGUCAAGGUAUCCACUGGGGCUGCCCAAGCAAGAAAUUUAAUUUUUGAAGAGAAAGCAAUAGGCAGACAGUUAAUUAGUAAAUUUUUAAAAGCUAAAAUAUAGAGAGAAGAAGUCAAUGAUGUUUCUAAAUGAGUAAUUUAUCUCAUUUAUAAAAAUAAAAAGAAUAUUAAGAAUAUUUUAAACAGAUUUUCAGUAUAUGGUUGAUUCUGAAUGAGUAACACCCAUGAGACAGCAGAGGCAUAGAUUUACUGAAAUGAUUGGUAUUCAAAAUCAUUUCAGUUUGGCUUUAGAAUGCAGGGAAGGCAACAUGUCCAUAUGAUCUUAAAGGCUCAUCCUCUCAAACCCACCACAGCAUUCCCCUGUUAAAAACCUUUGGAGUCCCCUCACUCAUAGGAUCAAGACAAAAUACUUUGCCCACUCAGCUAAGGCCCUAGGGCACUUGGCCUCACUCUGGUCAUUCCCUUGACCGCCUAUCAAGCUCCUUCCCACCCCUAACCUUUGCACAAACACAAGUUGAUCCCUAUGUCUUGUCCAUUCUCCCCAUCUGACUACUCAUUUUAUCUGUUAGAUUCACAAUCAUCUCCUGGAUUUUAUCUCAAAUAUCUCUUCCCCAGAGACAUACUCAGACUGGAUUAGGUUUCCCACAGCCCCUUAUACAUUGCUCUUGCCCUUUAGGGCAUAAUACAGUAGAUAAUUAUAUAUUUGUAUACAUUAUUUGAUUGCUACCUGUCUUCCCAACUGGACCAAGUUUUCUAAGAGGUGGGUCUGGGCCUGUCUGAGCCAUCAUUCUCCCACCUUCACCCAGCACAGUCUGGAACUUCAUACCUGGUGAAUGGACUCUCACACUCCUGAUCAGUUACCUGGCGCCACCCCAAACUCUGUCUAGGUAAUGAAGAGGAGCAAGUGUGGGUAUCCAUCAAUAAGAUUUUUAAAAAUUAAAUUUAGUUUGAAAUAUACAGUUGUCUCAUGGGACAGCCGAAAAGCUCAAAUAGGGAUACCUCCUAAUUUCUCUCUUUCAGCCUAUCAGUGGAAAGUCUUGUUUGCUUGGAUAAUAUUGUUCACUGAAAUUAUCACUUCUUCUGUCACUCAUUUUCUUUUAAACCUUUGACCUUUGCUCUUUCUCUGCAACCAGAGUUAGGAGUGAAAAAGAACAUUGGAGGUAACUUCUCACUGAAGUCCACCUGCCAGGACAAACCAUUCAAAUCCAAUUACUUCGUCUCCACUCUGGCUUCUAGGAGACUAAGUAAAGGACAGACUUUCUGCAGCUUGAAGGAACCAGCCAUGGAUUUCAAACGUGUGAAGGACUAUUUCUCCUGGCUCUACUAUCAAUACCAAAUCAUUAGCUGCUGUGCUGUCUUGGAGCCCUGGGAGCGAUCCAUGUUCAAUACCAUCUUACUAACCAUUUUUGCUAUGGUGGUAUACACCGCCUAUGUUUUUAUCCCAAUCCACAUUCGCCUGGCUUGGGAAUUUUUCUCCAAAAUGUGUGGCUAUCACAGUACAAUUUCUAAUUGAUCUUGUUUGUAAACUGUGAACUGGCAUUACAUAUGUGUACGUUGCUUACAAUGUAUUAAUUUAGGUGAAUACUGUAGCUUCUUUCACUGUCUCACCUGAAAAGCUCUCUCCUCUCUAUGCACUCUUAUAUCCUGCCUGAAAUUUGAGAUAGAUGUCUCUUUAGGUUCUUUUGUACGUGCUACAUUGUGCAUCAGACCAUAGAUAACACAAUGACCUUACCUCACAUACCAUAUUCUCUCAGCUUAAAUCUAUGACUUUAGAUUUUGUUUUUAAUUGGGAAAUUUCAUAUCAACUUUUUCUGGGAAGUAGGCUCAUAAGAGACCUAUCAGAAUCAUAUUUAAAAUGCUCUCUUGACACCUAUUCUAUAGUGAAGGAUAAGGAUAUAUUUUUUAAAAAAUUGUUCAUACACUACUGUCAAAAGUAUCCUAUCCUUGUUUACAAUAUACAAAAAGAUCUGAAUAAAUUAUAUAGACCCCCUAAAGUCUUAUUUUCUAGUAACCUGCUGAUACCUAAAAUUCUUUUACUUCAAGCACAAAAGAAUAGGUUGAAGGUAAUUAUCUCCUUUCAGACAUGGUUCAUGAAUUGUUUCAAAUGUCUCUAAAAGUAUGGCUUUAUAACAGUUUAAAAUCAACAAUGUUGAUUUUAGAUGACCCAGUAAGUAUUAUAAUACAAAAUCAUUUUAAGUGUAAGAAAAAAUAUACAAAGUAAAUUCAGAUACUGUGACUUGUGAUGCUGCCUUGCCUUGCAUGAUGCUGGGUGAAAAGAGACAAGAAAUUGCAUCCUUUCUGUGCUUUCACUCAGUGGAGGGGUGGGGUGGGGGGAAUCAUAUAUUGGGCUACAGGAAGAAAAGCUAAUAAAUAGGCUGGAAGUAAUAUUCUACCAGCAGGAACUUGACAGCUCCAGUUAAAUGUUUUGAUACAGUGGCUCCUUUGCAGAGCAAAACCAAGACUUAUUAAAUUUCCUUCGAAGUGUUUAUCUUAAAAACAAAUACAAGUUUUUAAUUAUACUGCUGAAUCAAAUGUGAAUGCCAAAGGCAAAACCUUGCAGUUUUUCUUUCCUCUCAAUAAAUCUUAAUGUUAGUAAUUCUGAAGGGUAAAAAUGUAAAUAGUUUUUGAACAAUAUUUGCACCCUUGUUUGUGUUAUGAAAAAAAAUUUUUCCAAGGAGAGCUAAAGAGAAAAAUGUUUGGCAUGCCAAAUUAGCUUGCAUGUUUGUUAAAAAACCAAAAACACAUGUUUUGAAGAUAAACCAGAUCUGAACAUGUAUGUGUUGAUUUUUGCAAAAUAAAUUAGGUUUAAUUUUAUAAAUAAAAUAUCCACCUUCAGAUUUGCUUUUUUCUCCUAUUGCACUAAAUAUCUAGGUGCUUACAUCCAUAUUUCUCUGCAAACAUCAUUUCUUAGUGAUCCAAGGUGGUAACUGAUCUUAAGAUGGUAGGGUAAAACUACUGAUAUAUUUAUCAAGAGUCUUCUCCAUGGUGGACAUGUUUUACAUGUUGAAGUAGGUUUUAAGGUCUCCCAGUUACAGGUAAGGGACCUAGAACUUGGAAAAAGUACAUUUCUUGUUCGAGGUCCUUUAACUACUAGUGGCAAAGCCAGGAAGCAAAUCCAGGUCAGGACCACACUGGGCCCUGAAAUAUGUGCCACAUGGAAGCCCAUGGAAGGACAAUGUGAGCAAAUGAAAGUUAAUGGGCUGGGGAUCCCAAACGUGUUAGAAAGCAGAACGCCAUCAAUAAAAGGGGUGAGGGGCUGAGGAGACAGCCAAGGUUGGAGUAACAAGCUCAGGUCCCAGCUCUGCUUUUGCGGCUUAGCGGUGCUGUGUUCACCCAUUUCUAUGCUGUCCAGGCCCAUAGGCCUCUUUUAAAAGAAUGCUUCACUUUUAAAUAUUUAACAGAGGAUUCUCAGUUAAGCUUGAACUUGAAUGCGUUCCCAGUUCACAAUGAUUCAACACCCUUAUAUACAUGGACCCCUGCUAAGUACUCUUGGAAUUCAAUCACAAAGAUACUACACUGACCUUCUAAAAAUCCUCCUUCUAAAAUAAGAAUCAAAAUAUUAUAAAUGUGAAUAGACACAGUAAAGCUUAAUAAAGGAUAUUGCAAAGCACUGCCCUAGGAUGUUACUUCAAAGGUAAGCAUUUCCUCUGAGCGAUCAAAAUAAUAAACACAGGGUCCAAAAAAUAUAAUCAAACAUAGUUUAGAAAAAACUAUCUGCAUGCAGAAGGGAAGAAAGCUCUACCUGCUCUGCUCUGUCAAUUUUCUAGACUAAGCAGAGAUGCUCUUUACCUUGACCAUAGUUAGCCUAGAUUAGGAACAUUUAUAUGCUUUUCUUUUGCUUCUGUUAUUUGUAUAUUUCAAUGGUAUGUACAGAACUUUUAAAAAAAAUAAAGCUAAGAGUUUCAUGG